GGAAAUGAAAAGUACAGGACGAAAUCUAUGCCGAAAACAACGGCCCCCAAGUGGCUGGAGCAGUUUGAUCUCCAUUUGUAUGAUGAUCAAUCCCAGCUACUUGAAGUCACUGUCUGGGACAACGACCCCAGAAAAGACGAAAUCCUCGGCAGAUGCACAAUCAAUUUGUCCGAACUGGACAGAGAAACAACGCACAGGAUCAAGAAGAACUUGGAAGAGGGCUCAGGAAGUGUUCUCCUGCUUUUGACAAUCACCGGAACUACGAAUUCUGAAACAAUUUCCGACCUUGCCGCUUAUCAACAGCAGCAGGUUGAAAACGAAAGAGAAGAGGAGUACAGAUCUCGACGAUAUAGCAUUCUCCGGACUUGGCACAAUGUCAAAGACGUGGGUCAUUUGACAGUCAAGGUGUUCAAGGCCCAGGGACUAGCAGCAGCUGACCUCGGAGGGAAAAGUGACCCUUUCUGCGUGCUGGAACUAGUGAAUGCCAGACUGCAGACCCAAACUGAGUACAAAACCCUGAGCCCCAACUGGCACAAGAUUUUCACAUUAUGCACAAUCAAUUUGUCCGAACUGGACAGAGAAACAACGCACAGGAUCAAGAAGAACUUGGAAGAGGGCUCAGGAAGUGUUCUCCUGCUUUUGACAAUCACCGGAACUACGAAUUCGGAAACAAUUUCCGACCUUGCCGCUUAUCAACAGCAGCAGGUUGAAAACGAAAGGGAAGAGGAGUACAGAUCUCGACGAUAUAGCAUUCUCCGGACUUGGCACAAUGUCAAAGACGUGGGUCAUUUGACAGUCAAGGUGUUCAAGGCCCAGGGACUAGCAGCAGCUGACGAGCCUCCCUUUUCACUGGGAAAGACGCACGACCUUGAUCACUUACGUAACGUGAAAGACAUUCAUUCCGUCUUAGAAGUGACAGUUUAUGAUGAAGAUCGGGACAACAAAGUCGACUUCCUGGGUAAAGUGUCCAUUCCUUUGCUUCGGAUCCAAAACGGAGAAAAGAAAUGGUAUGCUUUGAAAGACAAAAAACUAAGGAGGCGAGCAAAGGGCACAAACCCGCAAAUCCUUCUCGAAAUGACAAUCAUAUUCAAUCCAAUCCGAGCCAGCAUAAGAACAUUUGAUCCAGCUGAGGAAAAAUACAUGGCGACUGAGCCGAAGUUCAAGAGAGAAAUCUUCGUCCGAAACGUUAUGCGGUUGAAGAACAUGGUCAUGACUUUUGUGAACAUGUCGAAAACAGUCUCGAGCUGGUUGGAGUGGGAAAGUCCUCCACGAAGUAUCGCGGCUUUCGGGUGUUUCAUGGUCGCCACGUAUACAUUUGAGCUUUACAUGGUACCCAUUGUGUUCCUCGCUUUUUUCGCGAAGAACUACCUCAUGAUAUGUAUGGCGAAUGACCGAGGAAUCGGCACCCAAUGGGAUGAGAUUGACGACGCGGAAGAGGAAGAUGAGUUCGUUGGAAUGGCCGAAGAAGCAGAUGAAGAAAAGAAAACUUGGAAGGAGAAAUUGCAGGCGAUUCAGGAGGUAACGCAAACUGUGCAGAACGUGAUGGGAAACAUAGCGUCGCUAUGGGAACGAACGUUACACGUUUUCAACUUCACUAUCCCGUUUUUGUCCUGGUUGGCCAUAUUCUUGCUGUGUCUGGUUGCUCUGGUUCUGUACGUGGUUCCUCUGCGGGCAAUGAUAUUCAUCUGGGGGGUUCUCAAGUUCACCAAGAAGCUUGUGAGACCUCAUGCUCUCAACAACAAUGAGAUCUUAGAUUUCAUUUGGCGGCUUCCUGAUGGGGAACAACUGGUGGAAUACAGAGAACUGAAGCUGAUCCCCAGAGUGGAUUCCGACAAAAGGAAGGACAACAAGAAAAGUCACAGGAAACCUAACACAUGAUCAAUUUGAUCUCUUUUUCAUGUUCUUAAAGGGGAAAAUCAGUUUCCUUCAAAAUGUGUGACAAAAGUUUCGUUUCUGUUUCAAACAUUAUAUAGUCAUGCGGGAAAGGAGUGGCAUCUCCUUUCUGAUUCUUCAGAGAAUCACCUAUCAAUAACUUUGCAGAAAUCCUUAAUUUGCAGAUAUGCAAAUCAGCCAAACUUCCAAAUUUCCAUCAGUCUACAUUUAUUUUAGAUUUAGUUUUUCUAUGUUCAGUGGAUUAUUUAUGUUUUUAGCUGGGUUGCGGCCAGUUUAAAAACAGGGCAGUUUUUGUUUUCACAAGACUCAGAGGAUUUUUUCUUGACUUUUUGUGGGUUGACGUUGUUUUGCUGGCCAACAACCGAAAAUUGCUUUAAAAUUGAGUCUUUCUCCAAACAGAUUAUUUUUGCAAACAUUGCGAAUAACUUCGGAAGAAGUUGUUUUCUCAUCUAUAUUAGCUGCUUAUCGAAAAAUGUUUUUGAAGAUCGUUUCAAAAUGAGCUAAGAAAAUUUUAAGGUGCCAAUUCAAGCACAAAAAUAUUUGAAAUGUUUUUAUCGCUUUGAGUCGCUGUUGAAAGUCCGAGGAAUUUUUUGUGAUAUCCAAGAAGUGGCUUUAUGUGAUUUUCAUGACAUUUGCGGAAAAAGAAGGUGAAAAGCAAACGCGCCUUCGCAUGUUAUCGAUAAUGACAUUCAUGUUUUUUUCUUUGAAAGAAUAAACGAGUUCAUUUAUCUUCGCUUAUGAAA